AUGACACCCAGUCGGUCGAUACCAACCGGCUCGCCGACAACUGGCGGCCACCAGGAGUCCAUUGCCGGCCUCGCCUCGUCUUUUGCUGCCUCCCUGGCCGAUCCCUCGCCAUUGGCCCAGGAAGUGCUCGCCCGCGACAUCGCUGAGCUAAGUCCGUCCGAAAUCGAGGCUGAGAACCGCGCAGCUGCCUUGGCCCCCGCCUCGUACCACUCGGCCGGCAUUGUCCCCUACGCCGACGGCAGCCAGGAUGAUAUUGACACCGACUCUGAUAUCGACGGCCCCGGUUCCAAGGGACCGUACCUCUACCGCCGACCCAGUGCCAUCGCGUAUGGAAACACUCGCCCCGUCCUCGGUGUGGCUCCUGCAAGCGGCCCAGCUCUGAGCAAGGUCGAGAAGCUCAAGUCUCGCGAGGCGGAACGCAGCCUCCUCCGUGACAACCACCUGCUGCCACCCAAGCACAUCUCGGCAGCCGCGGGCCCGGGUCACGCAGGAUCCAGCUCUACAGCCGCUGGUGCAGACGGCCGCGAGCCAGGUUUGUUCACCCGUGUGUACAAGAGCGUCUUCAGCACGCGUCGGCCAAAGGACACGGCCGAGGAGGAGCGGCGGCUACGGGGAGACGGUGCCGGUGGCCUGCCGGAUGAGCGGACAGCACUGCUCGGUACUGCGCCGUCAGCACCCGAGUUCGACGGUUCCGAAACGGGGCCCCACCUGGACGAGCAAUGGAAUGCCGCUGUGGCCGCCGGCCAGAUCCAUACCACGUGGCAGCGCGAAGCCAAGACGAUUGCCGUGUACUCGCGGUCCCUCAUCAUCACAUUUUUGCUCCAAUAUUCCAUCAACAUUACAGGUGUCUUUGCCGUCGGCCACAUUGGCAAGGCUGAGUUGGGAGCCGUCAGUCUUGCCGCAAUGACCGCCAGCAUCACGUUCUACGCGCCCUGCCAGGGCCUCGCCACAUGUCUCGACACGCUCUGUUCUCAGGCCUACGGCUCGGGCCACAAGUUCCUCGUUGGUUUGCAGCUGCAGCGCAUGUGCUGCUUCCUUCUUAUUCUUUGCGUCCCGCUCGCUGGCAUCUGGUUCUUCUCAGAGGAGAUUCUUGUGUCUCUGGUUCCGGAGCGGGAGAUUGCUGCUCUUGCCGGCCUGUACCUGCGCGUCCUGGUCAUCAGCAUGCCCGCCAGCGCCGUUUUCGAGUGCUCCAAGCGGUACAUGCAGGCCCAGGGCCUGUUCACGGCCAACACAUAUGUGCUGCUGAUUGCGGCGCCCAUGAACAUCUUCCUCAACUGGCUGUUCGUGUGGCAACUUCAGCUGGGCUUCAUUGGCGCCCCUAUCAGCGCUGUAAUCACGCAAUGGACUAUGCCCCUGCUCUUGUUCCUCUACGUCUACUUUGUCGAUGGCGCGCAGUGCUGGGGCGGAUUCACGUGGCGCAUUUUCUCCAACUGGGGUCCUAUGAUCAAGCUGGCUCUGCCGGGCAUGAUCAUGGUGGAGGCCGAAUUCUUUGCCUUUGAAAUCCUGACCCUCGGCGCUGGCCGCUUUGGCUCCACCACGCUGGCCGCCCAGAGUAUUCUUGUCACGCUCACAUCUACCACCUACCAGCUGCCCUUCCCCAUGUCCGUGGCCGCGUCCACGCGCAUUGCCAACCUCAUCGGCGCCAAGCUGCCCAUCGCAGCCAAGACAUGUGCUAAUGUGGCGACCGCUGCCGGCGUGGGCCUCGGUCUCUUCAACUGUCUGUGGGUCUUUGCCUUCCGCUACCAAGUCCCCCGUCUCUUUACCAGCGACCCGGAUGUCAUUGAGCUUGUGGCUCAAGCCACCCCCGUCGUCGCUGUCCUCCAGAUCUUUGACGGCACAGCGUGCGUGGCCAGCUCUCUCCUGCGUGGUGUUGGCCGCCAAGAGAUCGGCAGCUAUGCCAACCUGGCUGCCUACUACAUUGUGGCUUUACCAAUCUCGUUCGCCACGGCGUUUUCUCUCGGCUGGGGGCUUCGCGGUCUGUGGGCCGGUGUCGGUAUUGGUCUUUUCCUUGUCACGGUUGCCGAGUACGCCUACCUGUACAGCUACAACUGGCACCGUGCGGUGGAGGAAGCCGAGCAGCGGAAUCUGUCUGGUUAG